AUGUUGACACUUUUUCCAACAUGGCCGUUCAUUCUCUUCGCGGUCGUGGAGCCUCUCUCUAUGGUUGGCGGAGUCAUUGCUCCCAUCUUCGACACAGACAGCUUCAUCAUCGGCCAAACCUCUCCCUCCAACCCACCUCCUCUUCCACACCAUCCGAGUACCCUCGCUCUCAACUAUCAACUUGCCAAUAUCUACGGCCUUGUGGGAAUGCUUGUGUUUGGAGUGAUUUACGGUACCUCUGAAAUCCGCGUCCUUCGAAACUCAGUGCUGGCACUCACAAUCGCCGAUAUUGGACAUAUAUACGCGACAUAUGCGGCCAUGGGCGCAGACGGCUUCUUCGAUGUGGCUUCCUGGAGCUGGGUGUCAUGGGGAAAUAUCGGGUUCACCGCGUUCCUGUUUGUAAAUCGGGUUGCGUAUUUGUUGGGGGCCUUUGGGUCGGGGCCUGACCCGGCUGCGAAGGACAAGAAACGGAAGUAA